AAGAUUUAUUUAUUUAUUUUUUAGAGACAGCGUGAGUGGGGGUGGGGGGAGGGGCAGGGAGAGAAUCUCAAGCAGGCUCCCCGCUGAGCAUGGAGCCCAACGUCAACACGGGGCUCGAUCCUAUGAAGCUGAGAUCACGACCUGAGCCAAAACCAAGAGCAGGAAGCUUAACCCACUGAGCCACCCAGGCACCUCUGCCCUGAGUGCAUUUUAAGUAUUAUCUUUACCCUAACUUUAUCUUAUCAUUUUUGCUUUUAUUUUUCCUUUCGUUUUGAUCCUCUUUUAGUUGUAUUGAGAGAAAAACUCAUAACCCCCAGGAUCUACUCCGGGUUGGGAAGGUAGAGCUAGCUACCUCUGUCCUUUCGCUCACCUCCCCAAUUUGUACUGUGUGUCAUGGUAAGAGAAGCAUUUUCCACUGGUAGUAUAUUACUAGGGCAUGUGGGCAUUCACCCCAGAAUGCCAGAUAGGUCAUGGACUGUCUAAUAGAAAAGCCAGGGAGCCCUUCUGGAUCCUUCUGGAUCAAAGCUGCUCUGCAUCGUAAUGUCAACAGCUUAUUUUCAGUCACUGAGGGCAGAGUGCCUCCGUAGAGAGAGAGUAAUACGGUGCUAAAUGAAUUUUUUUGUCCCUCUGGCGAGGGCUGGACAAAAACAAAUUGGGGCUUUGAGUUCUAAGGGAGGCAGGACAAGGUUCAGAGCCCUUCUGUUUGCUGGAGGUGCUGAGGGCCCUUGGAAUGAGCAGGGUGUGUGUGUGCAUAGGAUCCCUCAGGAGGGAGAGGAGCAGGAGGGGGUGCCCGGGGAGAAAGGAGACCUUAGCUCUUUCCUUCCCUCUGGACCUUGACCCUUGAGUGGGUGGUGCACAGAGCAUCUUCCUUUACUCUCUGGUACAACUGUCAUAUUCCUGGCACAGUGCCUUUGGCCUUCCAUGUAUGCUAUUCUAUCUGGGGCUAGUAGAUAGCUGCGGGAUUUGGGUUCUCGACUGUGUCUGGAAAGCCUGCUUUGGCAUCAAGUUCCAAUCCUCCCCAGGACUUCUUUUCCUAUAGGUGCCACAUGCCACGAUUUAUACACAAACAUGAUUUGCCUGAUUGUUGCAGUCUGGGCCUGGAACAAUUUUAAUUAAUGGGAAAAUGGUCCUCAAAACAGUGAUUAGACCUCUUCAGGUACAACAAGAUAAAAGCCUGAUAAUUUGGAUGGAGUACUCUUCUUAAAUGUCUAUUCUAUGCACAGCAGCCAAUGGGAAAGCCAGGCUCUCUCUCACCUGAUCCAAUGAGUAAUUAAGAGAGGGCUUUUUCUUCCUACCUCUCCCCUCCCUCCCCCUCCCCACUAAAGCUUAACAGGUUGGUGGUAUAAUUUGGAGACUUUAAGGGGUGUCAUGCUAGGAGCUUAGGCAAGAGCCAGGGCAUCUUCUCUCCAGCUCUCCAGUCACUGCCCAGCUGGGUUUGCAAAGCAGGCAAGUGAGAGGAGGAAGGAGGUGGUAGCAGGCGAGAUAGGUGACACUUCUCAACCAAGUUUGAGAGGGGCCUAUGGCCAUGAGCGAGCUGGGCACCCAGAAGGGCAGCGAUGGUACUGUUUCUCGCCUGCUAAACGUGGUAGAAAGUGAGCUGCAGGCAGGGAGGGAGAAAGGCGACCCUACGGAGAAGCAACUUCAGAUCAUCCUGGAGGAUGCCCCUCUCUGGCAGAGAUUCAAGGAAGUCACUAACGAAAUGAUCGUGACCAAGAAUGGCAGACGGAUGUUCCCCGUCCUCAAGAUUAGUGUCACGGGGCUGGACCCCAAUGCCAUGUACUCCCUCCUGCUGGACUUUGUCCCCACGGACAGUCACCGCUGGAAGUACGUCAAUGGGGAGUGGGUGCCCGCAGGCAAGCCAGAGGUCUCUGGCCACAGCUGCGUCUACAUCCACCCGGACUCCCCCAACUUCGGGGCCCACUGGAUGAAAGCUCCCAUCUCCUUCAGCAAAGUCAAGCUGACGAACAAGCUCAACGGAGGUGGGCAGAUAAUGUUGAAUUCUCUGCAUAAAUAUGAGCCCCAGGUUCACAUAGUGCGUGUUGGAGGUGCCCAUCGAAUGGUGAUGAACUGCUCCUUCCCUGAAACCCAGUUCAUAGCUGUGACGGCCUAUCAGAACGAGGAGAUAACAGCUCUCAAAAUCAAGUACAACCCUUUUGCCAAAGCCUUCUUGGAUGCCAAGGAAAGGAAUCACCUCAAAGACGUUCCGGAAGCCGUCUCUGAGAGCCAGCACGUGGCCUACUCUCACCUGGGAGGCUGGAUCUUUUCCAAUCCGGAUGGAGUGUGCGCAGCAGGAAACGCCAAUUACCAGUAUGCUACCCCCUUACCUCUGUCUGCUCCCCACUCCCACCAUGGCUGUGAGCGCUAUCCUGGCCUCCGAGGGCACCGGCAGGCUCCCUACCCUUCUGCCUACAUGCAUAGAAACCAUUCUCCCUCAGUGAAUUUGAUAGAAAGCUCCAGCAAUAACCUGCAAGUUUUCUCUGGAGCUGACAGCUGGACUUCCUUGUCUUCCACCCCGCACACCAGCAUCCUGUCCGUACCCCACACCAGCGGGCCAAUCAAUCCAGGGCCCAGCCCCUACCCAUGCCUGUGGACCAUCAGCAACAGCGGCGGGGGCCCGGCCGGGCCUGGCCCCGACGUGCACACCAGCUCCCCAGGAGCAUUUCUUCUGGGGAGUCCAGCUGUGACUUCGCCCCUCUCUGCCCAGGCACCCACUUCGGCGGGUGUGGAGGUUCUGGGGGAGCCCUCGCUGACCAGCAUCGCCGUGUCCACCUGGACAGCAGUGGCCUCACAUCCCUUCUCAGGCUGGGGUGGCCCAGGUGGGGGAGGGCGCCAUUCUCCCUCCUCCCUGGAUAGCUAGGCAGGAUCCUAGGGAAGGUGUCAGCGGAGAACCUUGUCUGUAUAGAGCAUUUAGAAACCCCAUCUACUGAUUCUAGGGAGUUAGACUGCAGGGUCUCCCCACCCAGCGAGCUAGAGGGUGGGGUGGGUAACGGGAGGUGGUUUAGUUUGGUGAUGCUCCCUGGUUUCUUUUCGCACUCCCAUUUUCUCUGCAGCUCAUCCAUGACAUGCUUAGGUCACCAGGGUUCAAGGACUACCUUCCUUGGCCCUGCCCCUUACUUUCAAAUGAUUCUAGAAGGCCCCGCUUCCUGUUCUAUGGAGGUGAUGCAAAGCUGUUAAGUGAGCUCCGAAUUUACCUGGACUAAGGCUUCCUAGCCUUGUGCAGCCCUGGAAAGUAUCUGUGGCCCCAGGGCUUCUGCUUUGAGACCAAGAGAGGGUGUAAGUCCCCAGAGUGAAGUUAUCAACAGUAGCCCUAAUCAUGUAUUAUAGCCAUGUACCUGGAAUUGAGGAAAUGAGGUCAUGUCCUCCCUUGCUCAGAAACCUUCCAUGGCUCACCAUUGCCUACAGAAUGAAGUCAGACAUCCUGACCAUAAGGACACCCCCUACCAUCUAGCCUCAAACCAUGUUUCCAACUUCAGUUCCCUUCAUUAUCCCAUUAGCAGCCUAUGUUUCGGUCAAGGCAGACAUUCAGCAUACUUUCCCCCCCUCUACGCCUUCCCUGGGCCUGAAACAUCCUUCUCUGGUCAGUCCCACCUGUGUGAAUCCUGCUUGUCCCCAGGGGACUGGCCGAAGCGCCACUGCCUGCAUCCAACACCUGACCGGCCUCGGCACGUGGGACCUUGCUCGGCUGCCUGCCGUCCCAGGGGCUUUGCCUCUGUGCGAGAGCUCGUCCCAUUCUGCCUUGUAUUUUUGUUUACCUGUGAGUGUGUCUCUUUCCCACUAGACUGUGAGCCCCUUGAGGGUGAGGACUAGCCUUGUUGUCUUUGUACCCUGCAGCACCUGGUACUGCCUUGUCUAUAGUAGGUGCCCAAUAAACUGACCGAGUGCAAUUGGUGUGUAGAGCACGUGUGCUAAAAACGAGAGCCGUGGGGCCCCCUGUGAGGCAGAGCUGGAGACACGCAUCUGGGACACACUAGUAUGUCAGUGUUGGGAGCCCAGAACAUGCUGGGUGCUCCCCCUGGGCUCCCUGUCUGAGCCAUAGCCCAUCUGCAGCGAUUGAUGCCAUGGAAACAGUGUGGGCUGGAGUGGUUACUUCCAAAUAUUGGUCCUUGGAUCCCCUGUGCCAGGAUGACCAGGAGCACCUGUUAGAAACACAGAUUCCUGGGUACACUCCAUCCCUACUGGAUCAGAAUCUUUAGGGCUGGAGCCCAGGAAUCUGCAUGUCAACAAGUGCUCCAGACAACAGUCGCAGAGCCAAGUUUGGAACCGACUUGCCUAGAAUAGAGAAAUAGAGUGAUAAAUCUUGCAGGAACCUCAUUUCAGGUAAGAGUUUUGACCUCCGCCCUGGCCAAGGUUGUUGCUACAGCAAGAAUGGAGCCAGUGAGCAAAGUCGCUGGUCCUUGGUUUGCCUUUUUCCUUUUCUACCACUGCGGGAUGCGCUGCUAACUACGGGAGUGAGGUUUCCAGACCGGUGUGAUGCAUUGCUCUCCCAGACCGUUAUCAAUCACCCUGCGCCAACGGAGUGCUCACGUGGGGUGUCCCUGAGGCAGUGGAAGAAGGUUCUGCUCAGACCCUGCUCCCACCUCUGUUCUAUCAGCUGAGCCCAUGCAAGCCCACCACACGCCAAGCCUUAGUCUGGGGUGUCCAGACAUGACGCUAUUGAGUGCUUGGCUCUUUCUACAGGGAACGGGCCUUCACCACUCUGUGGUUAGCACUGCCCGAUCUUUCCGUGCCAUUCCAUUUUUGGACUCGGCUCUCUGGAAACAAUGCCCCUCCAGCCACAUGGUGUCCCGGGAAGCCACUUUAUGCUCUCAGGGCAGCCUGCCCAGUGCUCC